AUGUCUUCUACAGAUCCCUCAGAUCACUUCUCCGGCCUCUCUGGCGCCCCCCAGAAUGACACUGCCGCCGCCCAGGUGACGAGCGCCGAGACCGCGGGGUCCAAGGCUGAAACGGAGCUGCUCAAGCUUGACAACCAUGUUGAAGACAAACAGCCCGUGCUGUCAGCAAAAGCAGCAGGCAAACAACAAGCGACCGAUGAUCUGAUCGAUUUUGGCGAAGACGCCCCGGUCACAACGACCACCACGAAAGAUGACCCAAGCGUGGGCGAUAAAUCUCACAAGGACUCGCCCAAGACCGUGUCCAAACCUGCUCCCGUGACAAUUCCGGAACCGAUGACUUCGUCGAUAGCGACCUUGAAGCCCACGAGUCCUCUCCCUGCCGAGACUGCCACACAGUUUCUUACUAUCGAGUCCACUACAUAUGUCGAUCCAACACCUCCAACCCCGAGAACAUCCCAGCCUCCCUCUCGAACCCCCUCAAAUGCCAAACGCCGACCUACCUCUGCAUCCCCUACACGAUCUGAUGCCGGCUACGACGAGCGCAGAUAUGCAAGCGAAGAUGAACAAGAGAAUGGGUCGCGAUCCGAAAUCCAGAGUAUCAUGGAGCAGUUUACUGGCGACGGUGGGGGUCCUGGAGCUGAAGAAGUCAUGAGCCCGAGGCUGGAGAUUGCUUCGCCUAUGCUAGGUAGCCCUGGCAUACAGCAUCCACCUCGGAAGUCUAGCCUCGAGCCACUGGUACCCUCACUGUCACACCAGGUACAGGAGCUUCAGGGUCUAAGAAUACAAUCAGCCUCCCCAGCUAGCAUGUUCUCCAAAGAAAGAGCACCUGAUGACCAAGGGCCGCCAGUGCCUCCUAAAGACGGGCCACCGGCGACACCAGCGCGGUCCCACGAUGAUCGGCAGAUGAGCAUCGACUCCCAGAUGUCUCCUGGUAUGCCCGUACAUAGGCCGCCACCCCCUGAACCCGAGCCAGAGCCGGCGCUGCCAUUCGACUUCCAUCGGUUCCUAGAACAACUACGAAACAAGAAGGCGGACCCAGUCGCUAGAUACCUCAAGUCCUUUUUAUCAGAGUUUGGAAAGCGACAGUGGAUGGUACACGAGCAAGUCAAAAUCAUCAGUGACUUCCUCGCCUUCAUUGCCAACAAGAUGGCGCAAUGUGAAGUGUGGCGAGACGUUUCCGACGCAGAGUUUGACAAUGCUCGUGAAGGAAUGGAGAAGCUGGUCAUGAACAGGCUCUACACACAGACAUUCUCACCGGCGAUUCCUCCUCCACAGCCUAUACCUGGGGCGAAGCCGAAAAGACGAGGCGGGGAGCGACCAAUGGGGCCUGGCCGGCGUGGUCAACACCAAGAGGACGUGGAACGAGACGAUAUCUUGACACAAAAGAUCAACAUUUAUGCCUGGCUUCGGGAGGAGCACCUUGACAUACCGCCAGCCGGUGAUAGCGGCAAGCGAUUUUUGAAGCUCGCCCAACAAGAAAUCCUUAAGAUCAAGUCAUAUCGAGCGCCGCGAGACAAGAUCAUUUGCGUAUUGAACUGUUGCAAAGUUAUCUUCGGCCUGCUCAAGCACUCAAAGUCGGACUCUUCAGCCGACUCGUUUAUGCCCCUCCUCAUCUAUGUUGUCCUCCAAGCCAACCCUGAACAUCUGGUGUCAAAUGUUCAGUACAUUUUGCGGUUCCGAAACCAGGAGAAGCUGGGUGGUGAAGCCGGAUACUACCUUUCAUCACUGAUGGGUGCCAUUCAGUUUAUCGAGAAUAUGGAUCGGACAACCUUAACCAUCACCGACGAAGAGUUCGAGAAGAACGUCGAAGCAGCGGUAUCUGCGAUCGCUGAAAAACACCGUCUUGACUCGCCCGCUGUUGCUCAAGAACCCGUCUUCUCGGAGAAGUCAUCAACCGGGUACCAGACCGGGGAAUCUUCGACGAGGCCUUCCCUAGACAUCAUGGGAGAGUCGUCCACACCCCGUCGAUCGACGUCAUCGAACGAAGGCGGAAAAGAAUCAGAUGACCAAGCUCCCAUAACGGGGCUUCUUCGUUCCAUACAGAAGCCUCUUAGCACUAUCGGCCGCAUGUUUUCGGAUGAGCCGUCUCCUGCGCCGCCUGUACCUAGUAACGCAUCAAGACCGACGUCGAGGCCGCGAGAAUCCUCCGAGCGACUGUCGCCUAGGCCGAGCGCCGAGAUAUCACCCGAUGGGCGGCCACCAUCUUCCCGUCACCACUUGUCAGCGGAAGAAGCUGCAGCGAGGCAGGCAAGCGCCGAAGUUGCUGAAGCUCAGCGUUUGAGCAGGGUGGAGCACAAUAACGUUGUCGAGACUCUGCAAGGGAUGUUUCCCGAUCUUGACAGGGAGAUCAUUUCGGACGUGCUGAGCGCGAGGCUCCAUGAUUCAAUUCACCUCUCAAAGAGCCCUGAAGGCGUCCCUGGGGGUCCCUGGCGUAUCAGGUCCGGUCCGCACCGCACCAAGGGAGGGAAGCAAGGGGAAUGGUGGCGUGUGGUAUUGCUAUGCGUGGGCUCACGUGGAUUCAACCGCUGGAAUGUGAGCAGGUUACACGGUCUGGACGGUUCAUGUUACACCCGACCCUGCUACCCGGUUUGCUGGCACACGGUUUUUGCCAAGUAUCAACAUGCCGGUAGAGGCUACUUUGACCUGGAAUACGAGCUGGCGGGUUUCGAGCUAUUCAAGGCUGAAGCGGUUUGGAACGCAGGAUUCAGGGUCCAAGGUCUGAUCGAGACACAGACUGGAACCUGGAUUAGAAUUAACGUCUCAACCGUUCACGAUGAGGGCCUCUCCCGCAAUUUUAAUCCGCCGUUACCACGGCCCGAUCAAAUACCUGGCCAGAUCCUCCGGCUCCCUGGCGCCCCUCAGCUCAGGAUCUCCUCUCCACCCUCGCUUUCGCACCAGAGGGAGGGCACUGCUUUUGAGAUCCUGGCCGCCGGCCUGGGACUCAUAUCACCCGUCGUUCACGCAGUAACACAGGCCUCACCACAGUACAACUUUAUCUACGGCGCCUGCGGCAAGAUCACGAACUUCGCUUCAGUCUUUCCCUAUGUCACCUCUUACGAACAAGGCGAUGUCAUCGGCUGCCAGAGCGAUUGCAGCUCCUACGGCUCUGCGUUCUCUGCUACAGGAAACGACGUAGGUCAGCAGUGCUGGUGUUCGGAUCCUAACACCCCGAACAGCUCACCGAGUCCUCUUCUCGCAUCUAUGCCAAACCCCAACGCCGCUCUUUGCAACGUUGCUUGCGUCAACAACAAUACAUACGCUUUCUACCACUACAUCAUCAACCUCCACCAGCACGUCCAGAACCUCGACAUCGACCAGCAGCUCCACAAGGUCUACGACUACCUCUUCCUCGACGUCUUCCACGCGGACUUCGACUUCAACCACCACAAAGCUCCUCGCUUCCGUUACAGCUACAGAGGGUGCGGUGCCAUUAGCAACUUUGGUACUGUCGGAACAAACUACGUUUACGCGAUUGGCAACACUACACAGCGGUUACCAACAGUGCUAUUGUUCCACCCCGAGUCCGAGUUCUUCUCAGGAUAUCAAUCCCAUCUUCUCGACUGGACCCGAUGA